CCAUUUUAACUUAUUAAUACCUAUGUUACUAUAUAUAGUAACAAAAUCUAGGGUAUUUCAGGGCCAUUAUGGCAAGAUCUAGGUCAUUAUGCAAUUUUGGCCGCCUUGCUACUUGGCAUUAUUUUUCCAUAAUGGGCGAGUGAAUGAGCGCACGUAGAGAAUGACGUCAUCAACUCUCAGUGACUUUCAAGAUGGCUGCUGACGUUGAAUGAACUUAAGUCACUUGCAAACACAAUUUAAAGUUUAAAUGACGUAAUCAAUCGCAAUCAACAAAGCUUAACAUUGGAUAUUUAUAAACUCAAGAAAAGAAUACUAUAACUCAUUCCAAGACAAAACAUGACCAAAAAUGAUUUCAGUUUGACGCUGCUCUAACAAUACCAACAUUAUGUCACGGCGGGUCCGAGAUUAUGUGGUUUUGGUUACCGGAAGUUCAGGCUUUCUCGGACAGCAUAUGGUUGGGUUGUUGCACAAUUACGCUGAUCACGUGACAGAGAUAAGAGUUCUGGAUACACAACCGUACAUCAACAAUACGGAGUAUGAAGCUAAGAAGCCAUUGAGACAAUAUGUUGGAAGUAUUCUGGAUCUGGAAUUAAUGACAGAGGCAUGUAAGGGUGUCGACUGUGUGAUACACCUAGCAAGUCUUAUUGAUAUUACAUUGUUUGCUGACUUUGAGCGAAGCUAUAGAAUCAACGUAGAAGGUACGAAAACCGUAAUAGAGGCUUGUAGAAGGUCGGGUGUACAGCGUUUACUAUACUGUAGCUCGGCUAGUGUGAUAUUAGGAAAUGACGACAUUAUAGACGGCACGGAGGACAAUUUAUCAUAUGCUACAGAACAUAUGUUCUCUGUUUAUGGUAAAACCAAGCAACAGGCGGAACAACUUAUAUUAAAAGCAAAUGAUGAGACUUUGCAAACAAUAGCUAUUAGGCCUUCUUCGAUAUAUGGAGAAUUGGGCUCGAGAACAUUCGGUCAAAUGUAUGGUAAUUCAUUUACAAAGGCUACUGGAUACUAUAUACAUGUUGAUUUUUCCUUUAAGAAAUGUGACUGGAUUUAUGUGGGUAAUGUAGCUUGGUUGUUUAUACAAGCAGAUAACGCUCUACGUGACAACAAGAAUCCUGAUGCCGCUGGACAAAGCUAUUUUAUCUCUGACGAUACACCCUUAAUGGACCGACAAGAUGCGUUGUUUGAAAUGGUGAAAGACAGUGGUCUACGAUGUUUUAUUCUUUCGCCGCCAAUGUGGUUGCAAGUACAACUGAUGCGAGUUAUACUCUGUGUAUUAACAUUUCUGUCGUUGUUUUGGAAAGUGAAUUUCCCUUUAGGUAAAUGGAUCGUUCGUAUCAGAAAUAGGACUUGGCUUUUAAGUAGAAAGAAAGCAGAGAGAAAUUUAGGAUAUAAGCCAUUGUUUAAACACGAUGAAGUAAAGGAAAAAGUUACAAAAUAUAUUAAGUCUAUUUCACGGUAAUAUACAUCGUAAUGUACAUUUGUGUAUAUACAACAUGGUGAAUAAUUAACACUGUAUAGAAUUGUGCAGAACACAAAUGAAGAAGCAGAAUAUUGUGUUGAAGGUUAAAAUAUUUGUAUUUGGUUUAUUACAAUAUUUAUCACAUCUUGGUUAACGAGAAUAAUGCCAGUGCAUGUUAAAAGAGAUAACUUUAUAUGAUUAUGUCAAAUUUAGUAAGGUAGAUACAGAAAAUUAAGAGAUGAAAACAUAUA